GCGAGUAGAUUAGUCAUCUGCACUAACAUUUAAUUCCGUCAUGAGCCCCAUCGCAACAGCCAUGCAGCUCGAUUUAGGUUGUGUCGCGUUUCCAGGUACGUACAUGUGGGAUGGGCACGCAUCGACAACGACAACGCCUCGACAGGCGGCGCGCGACAUCAUGAACGGCGUCAUUGAAGCGGUGCAUAUCUACGACGAUAACCGCAACCCGAUCCUUUCUCACACCUACGCAGGCAGGCCCCUCUCCGCGACACAGCUUCUCCCACUCUACCUCGAGCAUCAAGCACCGAGACCGAACCUGAUCUACCUCUCCAAUACGAAUCCUCCGACUCUGGUGUUCAGUCUGACCCAUGCGAACCAACUUUACCUGGCCACAUCAUCUGCCGAAAUCGAACCAUUGCUGGUCCUUGAAUUCCUGCACCGAGUGAUAGACGCCCUCGAGGACUUUGUUGGCGCACCACUUCUGGCAAUCAAGAUCGAGCAAAACUACGAUGUCGUGGCUCAGCUCCUCACAGAAAUGUGCGAUGCGGGGACGAUCAGCACCACGGAGCCGAAUGCCUUGCGAGAAGUUGUAGCGGUGGAAGGGUGGAUGGGCAAGCUACUGGGCAGCAUCAACCUGCCAGGCAGCAGCUCGUCGAACCCGAAUCUUCCAGCGACCGCAAUGUCCUCGCUGAGUUCAGCGCAGACGCCAGCAUUGCCGUGGCGCAGAUCCAACGUGCGGCACACGUCGAACGAGAUGUAUGCGGACAUUAUCGAGACCCUCUCGGUGACACUGGCGCCUUCCGGGAGACCUCUGGCCGCUUUCGCGAAUGGAAGCAUUGCGUUCACUUCCAAAGUGUCAGGCGUGCCCGACAUCACCCUUUCGCUCAACAGUCCUUCAGGGAAACACAACAUUGGGGGGAUCAUGGAGCUGCCAGUCUUCCAUCCGUGCGUACGUUUAAACAGAUGGAGAGAAAGACCAGGGGAGCUCAGCUUUAUUCCACCGGACGGCCGGUUCAUUCUGGCGGGCUACGAGGUGGACUUACUGCCCUUCACCAGCGGCAAGACCGGCAACAUCAGUGCGAAUAACUUGAAACUGCCUGUCUCCUUGGAGGUCAAGACAGGAAUGGGUCCCACUGGCGCCGAAUUCGAGGUUCGGUUGCAGGCCAACAUGAUUCCAGGGACUACCGGCUCAUCAGCCAACCCGCUGGGAAGAGGCGGUGGCGCAGGGCGACUCGGGGGAUCACAUCCGGGCACACAGGCUUCGCCUUCCAUCGAGGACCUGGCAGUGACAAUACCGCUCCCGGCAGACGUCAGGAAUCUAUCGGACAUUCGGCCGAGCAAGGGCGAUGCCAGCUUCAACCCGGGUGACAAGGUGCUGGAGUGGCACAUCCCGUCCAAGGCGAUCUCGGAACCAACGUCGUAUUUUGGAUUGCGCUGCACUGUUGUCGGUCCUCUUGCGGCUGAGAAUGAUGAUGCGGACGAUGACGAUGCCAGCACCAUGGCCUUCCACAAAGACUUCUCCUACAAUGAGCCGUACCAAAGCGAGCCAGCCGCCAGUGGCGGGAAUACUGAGAAAACUGCCGUGAACGAUGACAAGGACGCGAAAAAGGUGGCACAGAAUAAAAUCCUCAUGCCAAGUUCGGCAUCUGUGUCCUUCUCAGUGAAGGGAUGGCUGGCGAGUGGCUUGAAGGUGGAGAGUAUCAUGCUCGACACGAGGAAGAGUAAGGGGUUGGGUGAAGGGGUCAAACCAUACAAAGGUGUUAAAUACCUGACAGUGAGCAAAGGUGGCGUCGAGAUACGAUGCUAGCAUUCUAAAUCAAACCUGCAAAAUAUUUGAAUAAU